CAACAGAUACCUCAGAAAACAGCUACCAAUAAUAAAAAAAAGUAUUUUCGACUAACAGCUCAGAUCAUUCCAAGUCCAAGUCAAAAGGCACCAUACAAACCGAGUAUGAAGCUGCUCUUGGUGCUGCUCUUGCUGGCCCUUGUGGCUAUCCGUGGUGUGGACGGCCGCACCAGUAACCUUGAAGGCACACAGGUAUAUCGACAGGCGUCGUCGCGACCGAAGGUUAGUGAGGUGGUCUUCACAAACGAAGAGGAAAGUCUGCUACGCGGCCAGCAAAGCGACACAGCUCGCAUGCUGGCAGCUCGGCUGCCUGGUAAAACCUCAUUGGACGUCCAGAAGCGCUGUAUUCAGCUAGGCUUACGCUGCGGAGGUGACUUCAAGACACCCGAACGGAACUCCGAGAAUCGGCUAAGUUCUCGCCGUCACCAAGUCUGAAGGCACACGGCCAACAACAGAAUUAAUACCGCAUUGUCUCGGUUCCUUAUAUCGCAAAAAAAAAAAAAAUACAUUACAACUCCUCUUUCAUAAUACUUUUCAACGUCGUAG